ACGGACACGGGCCAGCCACCCACACGCAGCGGCCGACGUAUAUAACUGCCGCCUCGCUAGCUCUCGUCGCCUCCCCUCCCUCAUCGGUCCUCGCUGCUCUCGGUUUUCCGCAAGAAAAGGGCCCGCCGGAGAUACCUCUGCCUUCCUCCGCGCCCGCCGCGGCCAUCGCCGGCGACGAGCGCGCUCGCCAUGCCGUACAUGGCAGCCGUGGGACCCGCCACCUGGUGGCCUUCCUCGGCACUGGCGCCUGCGGGGCUCCUCGCCGCGACCUCCCCAUCCAGCAAUCCCGAGCCCCAAACCCUACCGUUCUUGCUACCGCCGCCGCCAGCGGGGUACCCGCUCCUUCCUCCCCGGGGCACGAUCGUCCUCCAGCUCCACCCCCACCCCGGCUUCCUCGCCGAGGUGGAUCGCCGCCGCAGCUGUUCCCUCUUGCAGCUCUUGAAGGAUGAGGGGGCCGCCCCGUCGCCAGAGGAUGAAAAGAGGAGGGAGCAGGUCAUCCGAGAGCUCAAGAAGAUAGUGAUGCAUUGGGCGAAGGUGGUGGCGCGUGAGCAGAGUGUGCCCCAGAGGCUAGCCACGGCUACGGUCUUAACAUACGGUUCUUACUCAUUAGGGGCUCAUGGACCUGAAUCUGACGUUGAUGCACUUUGUGUCGGGCCUUGUAUUGCAACACUGCAGUACCAUUUCUUUGUUGUUUUGAGACAAAUUCUUGAGGGCAGGCCAGAAGUAUCAGGAGUGCAAACUAUUGAGAGUGCUAAGGUUCCGUUGAUGCGAUUUAGAUUCUCUGGUGUUGCAAUUGAUUUCACAUAUGCUCAGCUUCCUGUUAUUGAUGCAUCAAAGGCUAUAAAUAUGUUUAGCCCUCGGUUACUACAGAAAAUUGAUAAACGGAGCUGGAGGAGUCUAUCUGGAGUUCGCGUUAAUGAGAAAAUUGUUCAGCUAGUACCAAAUUCUGAGAAGUUUCAAGUUCUGUUGCGAUGUGUCAAACUAUGGGCUAGGAAGAGAGGACUUCAUUGUCAUCAUCUUGGCUUCUUUGCCGGGAUUCAUUUAGCGAUCCUUGCGGCUUACAUCUGUCAGAGAUAUCCAAAUGCCAGUGUCAAUGGUUUGUUCACAGUGUUCUUUCAGACUUUCGCUCACUGGCCUUGGCAAGUUCCAGUAAGUCUGCAUGAUGAGCCAACUGAUUGCCUGCACCCAGAGGGGCGUCUGAUGCCCAUAGUGAUGCCUUGUACCCCGCCAGAGUUUUGUGUGUCAAAUGUGACGAAAAGCACCUUCAAGAAAAUAAGAGAGGAACUUACACGUGGUUAUGCUUUGACCAAGGAUCCAUUGAGGCAUGAUUUUGAGUGGACUUGGCUUUUUGAAUCCUUCCCAUAUGCUGAGAAACAUCAACAAUUUCUUCGCAUUGCUUUACGUGCGCCAACAUUUGCAGAGCUGCGUGACUGGGCUGGAUGGGUGAAAUCUCGCUUCCGUUUCCUUAUUCUGAAGUUGGAAAGGGCUGGAAUUGGGUGUGACCCGUGCCCCUCAGAGGAGGUUGAUCAUACAGUCAAGGAGCCAAACAUGGUCUUCUACUGGGGCCUCAUCCCUGAAAAAAUCAUUCAUGUGGACACUAGCUCUCUGAAAGAAGAUUUCAUGAAAGAUGUCACCAAUGAUGUUUACGGCAAGGUGAAAUGCACGCGUUCGGAUGUGACAAUAUCUGUGGUUGGUCUGUCACAGCUGCCAAAGAGUAUGUGCACCCAUUCUGUUCACUGGCAAUACUUGCAGCAUUGCAUGCUGGGCUACCAGUCCACGAGUGAAGACCAGAGUGCAGGUUGGCUAGGACUUGGUUAGGUCAUCUAAUCUGGGAGGGGCAUGUUCCUGUCUUUCACGGCAAUUGUGUACAGAAUUGGUGAGGUGUUUUCUGCCCCUAGCGCAGGGAUUCAGGAUCCUGGGCUGCAUGAGUGCUUGUGUGCUCAUGAAAAUCGGACCACUGACCAGUAGAAGAACAAAGAGUAGAUAAUAUUAGCGGCAUGUAUAGAAAAAACAUAGGUUUGUUGCGCUCGUCGGCAAAAGUGUAAAAUUCUUCUGUGUUCUUAAAUCGUAACUGCUGCUGGACCCUGAUUCAUUCUAAUUUUGUAAUGGCCAAAUGUAUAUAUAACUGGUUCUCUUGACUCGGUGGAUGUAAAAAAUUUUGAGUAGCAUGUGUGGUUACUGUUGUUA